AUGAAUAAAACCGCGUACAUAUAUGUCGAUGAACAUGUAAUAUCUCCAUCGUUAACUUGCCCUAUAUGCCUGGAUAUCCUUGAAGAUCCUCAUACACAUACAUAUUGUGAUAGUGCCUUUUGCCGUUCAUGUUUAUUACAGUUAGCUGACUCAUAUUGUCCAAUAUGUCGAUGGACAUGGGACGAUACAAUUCCUCUUCAAUAUAAUAUUGAUUUACCAAAAGCUAAUCGACUCAUACGAAAUAUGCUCGAUGAUUUACCUGUACAAUGUAUUUACUGUCAUACAAUUCGUCGUCGAGGACAAUUUGAACAUGAUUGUCGACCAACUGGAGACGUUUUAAUGAGAAAAACAAUUGAAAAACGAUUGAAAAAAAAAUUAGGAAAUAAGCAAACACUUCUAAGUGCUUUAGGAUUAGUUUUAUUUAUUAUGAUUAUUUAUUUUUGUCGAGAAAGCGUUCUAGAAAAAGCCACUGUUCAUCAUCGUGAAAUUGUUAGAGAUGUUGGCUAUGAUAUUGAUUAUUUUUUAUUAGACAAAAUUUAUCAAUUAUCAAAAGCAGUAGUUGAAUAUUCAGUGGCAUUUUUUACAAUAAAUAUUUGUUUUUGGUUUAGUAUAAUAAUUUUCGGUGACCGUUUUACAUCGAAAACAAACAGUCGAAUAUUAAAAACAUUUUUCGAAGUAUCAAUGAUCAUUAAUCUUAUCACAUAUUCAUUCUCAAAUUAG